GGCUGAAGAUGGCGGAGCUUCACCGGGAGGAUCCGGAGCUGGAGCCGGAGCCGGGCUGUGUCCCGGGGCUGCACCCCGAGGAUGUCAAGACUCAAAGCCAUUACAAUCAUGGCUACAGUGAUUCACUGGCACGGAAAAGCCAUAUCGAUGACUACAGCACCUGGGACAUUGUCAAAGCCACACAAUAUGGAAUAUUUGACCGCUGUCGAGAGCUUGUGGAAGCAGGUUAUGAUGUACGGCAGCCUGACAAAGAAAAUGUUACACUACUGCACUGGGCUGCUAUCAAUAACAGAAUUGACCUGAGCAGAUACUACAUAUCAAAGGGUGCAAUUGUGGAUCAGCUUGGAGGAGACCUAAAUUCCACCCCUCUUCACUGGGCAACAAGACAGGGUCACUUGUCCAUGGUUGUGCAUCUGAUGAAGUAUGGUGCGGAACCCUCACUGAUUGAUGGAGAAGGCUGUAGCUGUAUCCACCUAGCCGCUCAGUUUGGUCAUACCUCUAUUGUUGCAUACCUGAUUGCAAAGGGGCAGUUUCAGGACGUAGAUAUGAUGGACCAGAAUGGAAUGACACCAUUGAUGUGGGCAGCUUAUAGAACGCACAGUGUGGAUCCCACAAGACUGUUGCUCACGUUUAAUGUGUCAGUAAAUCUUGGGGACAAGUACCACAAGAACACAGCGUUACACUGGGCAGUGCUGGCAGGAAAUGCCACUGUGAUCAGUUUGCUCUUAGAGUCUGGGGCUAAUGCAGAUGCUCAAAAUAUCAAGGGUGAAACACCAUUAGAUCUUGCUAAACAGAGGAAAAACGUUUGGAUGAUUAACCAUUUACAAGAAGCAAGGCAAGCAAAAGGCUUUGACAGUCCUUCUUUCCUAAAAAGGUUGAAGGCAGACAAGGAAUUUCGUCAGAAGGUGAUGCUGGGAACUCCAUUUUUGGUGAUCUGGUUGAUGGGAUUCAUCGCUGACCUUGACAUUGACUCCUGGCUAAUAAAGGGACUGAUGUAUGGUGGAGUCUGGGCAAUGGUGCAAUUCCUUUCUAAAUCUUUCUUUGAUCACUCCAUGCACAGUGCACUGCCUCUGGGAAUCUAUCUGGCAACAAAGUUCUGGAUGUAUGCUACAUGGUUCUUCUGGUUGUGGACUGAUCUUCCUGUUGUGUCAGUUCACCUCCCAUUUCUUGUCAAUAGUGUAGGACUCUUCUACAAUUUUGGAAAGUCGUGGAAAUCAGACCCAGGGGUCAUCAAAGCUACAGAAGAACAAAAGAAGAAGACGAUAGUGGAGCUGGCUGAAUCUGGGCACUUGGAUCUUAGUAUAUUUUGCAGUACUUGUUUGAUCCAGAAGCCUGUACGGUCCAAGCAUUGUGCCGUGUGCAACAGGUGCAUCGCCAAGUUCGAUCAUCAUUGUCCAUGGGUUGGUAACUGUGUGGGCGCAGGGAACCACAGAUACUUCAUUGGAUACCUGUUUUUCUUAUUAGGAAUGAUCAUUUGGAUGAUUUAUGGCUGUUUCUUAUACUGGAGCAUCCACUGUGAGACCAACUAUCCAAAAGACGGUUUCUGGACGUACAUCACUGAAAUUGCGAGCUGCUCUCCAUGGGUUUUCUGGAUGUUCCUAAAUAGUCUCUUUCACUUCCUGUGGGUUGCUGUGUUACUCAUGUGUCAGAUGUAUCAGAUCGCUUGCCUUGGAAUAACCACAAAUGAAAGGAUGAAUGCAAGACGCUACAAGCACUUUAAAGUUACAACAACCACUAUUGAAAGUCCCUUCAACCAUGGUUGCAUUAGGAAUAUCAUAGACUUCUUCGAAUUUAGAUGUUUUGGCCUAUUUCGCCCUGUGAUGGUGGACUGGACACAUCAAUAUACAAUAGACUACGACCAGACGUCGGGCAGCGGCUAUCAGCUCGUGUAAUGGGAUCCAAGCUCACAGGGUGAAUCAACUUCACCGUUAACCUUUUGAACUGGUGCCUGACAAAUUCCCUCCAUUUCCUUCUCCAGUAUCCAAAAUGCAAAUGUGUUGCUGAGGGGAGGUGACAUCCUGUGGUUCUUUCAUCUGGAUCUGUCACAUUCAGAAAUUAAACAGGGACAGUGUUGCUGCCUGUUUCUUUUCCCCAUUAUGAUCAACUGUGGUAUAAGUGGAUGGCCAAAUGGGACCCUUUAUUUAAAAUAAAUACAGACUGCUUUUCACAGGAAUUAGUUUUUAACAUAACGUUAUGUUUGGCUCUGAUUUCAGUGUCAGAGGAACACUGAGGUGUGAAUUCUGGAACCCUGAUUCUGGCCUAUUCGUUUGGGUGCUCCAAAUCACAUGCAGGAAUGUGUCUGUUUCAAUUGUGCUGCUUGUUAAGCAUUAUUUACAUGGUACUUUAAAUUUCAUAGCAGAAUGCCAGAAACUGAUAAUCCAAGGCCGAGUGCAGAGGUAACAUCUAAAAUUCUUUUGUAUCAGUUGUUUGUUUAUUUUAAAUACUUUCUUUUCCCCUUUUAAUCAUGAUGUUAAACAAUGAAUCAAUGUCCAUCUUGCAUUUCUAGAUAAUUAGGUAUUAAUAAUCGUUGACAGGAAAAUCAUGAGUUUGCACGCUAUCACUGUCAGUCUCAUUCACUCACCCAUGAUUGAGUGGGUUUUCACAAUUCUGAAGCAGAUGGUGCAGCAAUGAGCAUCAGAACUGUUUAUUUCACAUGGGGGUUGGGAGAUGGAGAGAGGAAAAGCUUGCACCAUCCAUCUCAUCUCACUCAGAUAGAGUCUCCUGCAGGUUGAAUACGGAUCUGAAGUGCCAGCCAUGGAGUGGUGCAGGCACUUUGUCUGCCCUCCUGUCUAAAUGGUACAGAGUGGCGAGUGGCUCUCACUGGGAGAGGGACCGGAGAAAAGAAACCUGCAUCUUAGAGAAGAAAAGAAGAUCUCGACUCGGAUCAUUGUAAUGCAUCUUUACAGCUUUUUGGUUUUAGUCACAACUGUGUAUCCGCUGCUUUCUGGAAACUAAUGAUUACAGACAGUUGAAAGUUUGGUAAGGCAACAAACUCAAGAAACCUGUGCAAAUUGCUUUAACUCAGCUCCUCGAGCCAGUGUAAAGGUUGGUUGUAUCUGUAUAUAAAUUAUUUAUCAACUAGUUUUACCAGUGCGUAAUUUUGUCAGUGUUAGUUUGGAGCUAUGAAUUUGACUUUCAACUCCAUGAGAAAAAAGAAGUUAGGAAUGUAGUUCAUUUGCUUCUGGUGGUGCUGCUGCUGUUGGUAACUAAUCAACCAUUGAAUUCACUGCAUGUCCUGAUGCUUGGCAAAAAACACAUUUUAAAAAAUGGCAGCUCCCUAGACUGUAGGACAUAAAACAUCACAACAGCUUACAAUAAAAUGUUAUUUCAGCUUCUUCCCCUCAGCAGGAAGAUCAGUGAAUUUGUAAAUAGUGAGUGUCCUGUGUUUGCAAAGUACAAGAAUUUUCAGUAGCUGUUUAUUUUGUAGUGGAAGGCACACAUAGCUUGUUAGCAGUGUACCAGAUAUCAAGACUUGCAGUAUUGUAAUAUUAGUCAACUUGAAUGUCUAUCAGGUUUUUUUAAAAAAAAAUCAAGAAAAGUUUCUCCCUGACACAGAUUGGAGCAUAUUGAAAGCUUGUGCUCACGUGAGAUAUUAACAUCACAUCGCCAAGGCUCUCCGUGUGUGAAAUUUGCCUGAGAGGCAGGACUGCAGCUGGUGGCCCAUUUUACCCUCUGCUUGAUCAACAAUGAGAAUGAGAACCAGGCAGGGAUUAAAACAGGUUCAGGGUGCACUGUUAUUAACAUCCUUUGCACCAACUCCAAAAGAGAGUUUCACCCUCUUUAAAGUUUAACACACCUGGUAUUUAUCAUGAUGACUUUUUCUUUGUACUUUGACUUUGAAUAAUCUGUUAUUUACCUUCACUUUAAACUCUGUGAUCACAACCCCAGGCUAUUUUUUUCUGUUGUGUGUGUGUGUGUCUGAGUUUCAUACUUGCAAGUAAUUAAAAGUUUUACAUUUCACUAUUAAUCAGAGACACUACAUUCUGCAAAUUGUGAAUAUUGUUUUGUUUUUGUAUGACAUUAUUUAUAACUGUGCCAAGUGUUUUGUUUUGCUACAAUCCAGACCCUUUGUGUACAAUGUGGAGAACAAAAUAUAGGACUGUAAUAUUAAAAAACCGGCUGUUCUUCCAAUUGUUGAAUCAGUUUGUCAAAUUUUGUAAAUUAUUGAACUAAUAAAUCAGCUGUACCUAGUCA